AUGUUAUACGAAGAAAAGCCAUGGGAUCCCAUAAAGGUCAAUCCACAGGACAAGAAGAGGGUCGCAUAUUUUUAUGAUUCUGACGUUGGAAACUUUUCGUAUGGUGCAAAUCAUCCUAUGAAACCUCAUCGGAUUAGAAUGGCACAUUCACUGAUAAUGAACUAUGGAUUGUAUAAGAAGAUGGAAAUAUACAGGGCAAAGCCAGCUACUCGUGAGGAGAUGUGUCAGUUCCAUAGCGAUGAGUAUAUAGAUUUCCUUGCCCGGGCCACUCCAGACAACUUGGAUCUUUUCAACAAGGAGAAGUUUAACGUGGGUGACGACUGUCCAGUCUUCGAUGGAUUGUUUGAGUUUUGUAGUAUUUCUGGUGGUGGUUCUAUGGAAGGUGCCGCAAGACUCAAUAGAGGAAAGUGUGAUGUUGCCAUUAAUUAUGCAGGGGGGUUGCAUCAUGCCAAGAAAUCUGAGGCAUCUGGAUUUUGCUACGUUAAUGAUAUAGCUCUGGGUAUAUUAGAACUAUUACGAUAUCAUCCACGUGUGCUAUAUAUUGAUAUCGAUGUUCACCAUGGGGAUGGCGUUGAAGAAGCUUUUUACACUACAGAUCGUGUUAUGACCUGCUCUUUUCACAAGUACGGAGAGUUCUUCCCUGGAACGGGUGAGCUUCAUGAUAUUGGUGUUGGUAAAGGUAAGCAUUAUGCAGUGAAUGUGCCUCUCAGGGAUGGUAUUGAUGACGUGACAUAUCGAUCAAUAUUUGAGCCAUUGAUUAAAACCAUUAUAGAAUGGUAUCAACCUUCUGCUAUUGUGCUUCAAUGUGGUGGUGAUUCUCUUUCUGGUGAUCGUUUGGGUUGUUUCAACUUGUCUAUGAGGGGACAUGCUAAUUGUGUUAACUAUGUUAAGGGCUUUGGGAUACCUUUAAUGAUUGUUGGAGGAGGUGGCUACACCAUCAGAAAUGUUGCAAGAACAUGGACUUUUGAAACUGGUUUAAUUAAUCAGACAAUCUUGGGCCCCGAUCUCCCAUUUAACGAUUAUUAUGAGUAUUACGGUCCGGACUACAAACUUGAUGUGAGACCAUCUAACAUGUACAAUGCCAACUCACCAGAGUAUCUAAGCCGUAUUCUAACCGAAAUUUACUCUAGUCUUGAGCCAACAAAGCAUGCACCAUCAGUUCAAAUGCAGCCUAUUCCCGCUGAUAUUCGAGGAUUUGAUGAUGAUACAGCAGAGGAUUCGAAGGAGGCAAUGGAUACAAAGGGUGGGUCACAGAAGAACCGUGAUGAAAUUGUUGUGGCAGAUAAUGAUUAUUACGAUAAAGCGGAGGAUGUGCAUAUGGUGAAAAAUUAUUCUGACCACGAGAAAACCAAUUCAAACAGUCUUUCGGAAUCUGCGAGGGAUGGAAAUCAGGUAAUGCCAAAUAGUGCCAAUAGUGUGGGAUCAACAGCUGUGUCUUCAGGUACUGCCAGCAUUACUCAAGCAACUUCUUUAAGCAAUAAUGAGACCAAAUGA